GCAGUGUCAUGGCGGACGAGGUGGAUGUUGUUGAUAUUGAAGGAGACGAAUGUGAUGCAGACGAUGGUGAUGUUACAAGAGCAGUGAUCCUACAGGAUCAGUAUUUACAGUCGGCAUGGAAGACUGACCCUGCUGUGCUGCCCUGGAUGCUGGACAACUCGAUCAGCGAUGAGAACAGAGAGAUCAUCGAGAGCAUGCUGCUGGAAGAACAGUAUUAUUUUGCUGGAAAGAAGGUUCCCAAAGUGCCAUGGACUGAUGAAAAGCCUAAAGUUAAAAAGUCACCAGUGAAGAGCUCCGGAGGAUCUGCUCGUUGGGCACAAGAUGAGAAAGAUCUCUUUGAGAAGGGACUAGCUCAGUUUGGUCGGAGGUGGACUAAAAUCGCCAAGCUGAUUGGCACUAGGACUGUCCUUCAGGUGAAGAGCUAUGCCAGGCAGUACUUUAAGAACAAGGCUAAAGCUAAAAGUCAUGCUGAAGUGUCUUCCACUAAGCCCCAGAGUUCACUGCUUCAUGCACUACCAUCUGGAUCCAUCCCGCCAUCUGUCCCUCCUCAGACUGCAGCUCUGGCCAACGCUGUACGCAUCGAAAGGCUGUCUGACGACGAAGAUGUGGAUAUCACCGAUGACCUGAGCGAUGACACGAGUCAGCCUGAGAACCAGUUAGACUUCAGGGACGAGCCUCAAGACCAGAGAGGUGAAAUUCAGACAGCUUUCUCUACGGGAGAACCAGAGAGACAGGUGGAGAUGUCUGCUACAUCUGCUGAGGUCGUCACCGAAGGGAACAGCAGCAGCUGCUGUCAGACUGUGACCGAGCCAGAACCUGGAGAUCAUAGAGAGUCUUGGUGUACAAAGGCACAGUGCCAGCAUGACGAGGAGGAGGAGGAGGAGGGUGUUGAAGCCGAGAAGAGUCCACUAGAGGACACAGAUGACCAGGACGAAGAGGAGGAGCUGAAGCCCCCUGAACAGGAAGUAACACUAGACACAAGCACCAUCACAGAGGAAGAAAAGCAGGCCAUCCCAGAAUUCUUUGAGGGUCGCUUGUCAAAGACACCAGAACGAUAUCUGAAAAUCCGCAACUACAUACUGGACCAGUGGGAGAAGAGCAAACCCAAGUACUUGAAUAAGACGUCAGUGCGUCCGGGCUUGAAGAACUGCGGAGAUGUGAACUGCAUUGGCCGAAUACACACCUACCUGGAGCUCAUCGGGGCGAUCAACUUCAACUGUGAGCAGGCUAUCUAUAACCGUCCUCGGCCGGUGGACCGCUCGCGUCUGAAGGAAAGCAGAGACAGUCUGGAGGCCUAUCAGCUGGCUCAGAGACUACAGUCCAUGCGCACGAGGAAACGACGAGUCCGAGAUGCCUUUGGGAACUGGCGCCAUCCCAAAGACCUGGAGGGACAGACGUAUGAGCAUCUAAGUGCAGAGGAAAUGGCCCUUAGGAGAGAGGAGAUGAGAAAGAGGCAGCCAAAACCCAGCAAACUCCCUAAACGAGGCUCUUUCGAUCCUUUCCAGCUCAUCCAGUGUAAAACCUUCGGAGAGGAGAGACAGGAACCGUUCCGAGUCAUAGUGUGUGCAGAAGCCCUGGUCGUCAUGGAUGUGCAUGCCCAUGUCUCUAUGGGAGAGGUGAUCGGACUCCUGGGUGGAUCAUACAACCAUGAGGACAAAGUAUUAAGAAUUUGCACAGCAGAACCAUGUAACAGUCUCAGCACUGGAAUGCAGUGUGAAAUGGAUCCAGUCUCGCAGACUCAAGCAUCUGAGAUGCUUGGGCUUAAAGGUCACAGUGUGGUUGGCUGGUAUCACUCGCAUCCAGCUUUUGACCCAAACCCUUCCCUCAGAGAUAUUGACACUCAGGCCAAGUACCAGAAUUAUUUCUCUCGAGGAGGAGCUCCCUUUAUAGGCAUGAUUGUGAGCCCGUACAACCCCAGCAACUCGUCCCCUGUGUCUCAGAAUACGUGUCUGUUGGUGCAGGAAGAGAUCGGAUCUGCUGGCACUCAGAAGCUUCCGUACAAGUUUGAGUAUAAAGUCUCCAGUGAGCCUCCAGAUGUGUCUGAAGUGAUGAGAAGAGCAGAAUGGGUGGUGUUCAAGUACAGGCAGUCGUAUGGGUCUGUGCCUAUGAAAAGACUCUACCGCAGAGAUUCCUCACUCACAUGUCUUGAAAAGAUGCUCACGUCACUUAGGAAGAUUCUUACAGAGAUCCCUGAGGCUGAGACGCUUCUGGUCCAGAUUGAAGCCUUGUUCAUUACACAUUUCAUAGAUAAGGGAAAGAUCGAGCAAGCUUCUGGCUCCACGACGAACUUUCACGAUGAGUUUAAACACACAUUCAGCACCUCCGAGCUGAUGGACAGUAGUGAGGUCUUGUACUACGAGGAUCUGGGUUCUGCAGACGAGCAGCCCAUCAUUAAAGCUAGCAGUUCUGAUAAAGGUUUUAAUGGCUCAAGUUCUGCGAACCAAGUAAUAGUUGGUGAAGAAGUAAAUAUUAAAGUUGUAGCAUCAACAGAACAUGAGUAUUCACAUUCAUCUGAUCUGAUAAGCAGUGAUUAAUUUAUUAAGGAACAUUCCUGUUACUGCAGAUGCUAAUAUACUGUAGUUCAUCUGUAUUUUGUAGACCAAAUCAUUUGCUGCCUAGUGUACCUCAUGUUAAUGCAAUUACAUCUCAUUGUAGCACCACAGUUGUAUUGAAAGCUAGUCAGUGCUAACCAAGUGUACUGUUAUGUAGCUUAAAAGUUUUGUAUGAGU